GUGAUGCUUCGGGUGAAAGCCCUGUGCUGAUUUCGGUCGGCACCGGCGGCAGCGUCGCCUUCUGGUGACUCCUAACGACUGUGCUGGUAGCUCUUCUGCUGCUCCUCCCGCGAGCUCCACAUAUGGUGAUUGUCGCUCUACACCGACUCCUACCGCGACUUUCAUCGGUGCAUGUCGCUCUCCCCCGACACCUCUCGCGACUUUCACCGGUUGGUGCCUAUGACUCCAUGGACUGUGCUUCAUCCACGCGUCUUCCCUUGGCGCUUGGUGCUUGUCUGCACACGGUCUCGUCUUCUCCACCGACCAUUGCCGACGAUACUGGUCAUGCUACACCGCCAUCUUUAGCGGCUUCCACAUGUGGUGGUGGUCGUUUCUCUCCUCGUGCCACUACGCCGCCUACUUCAGCUGUGUACUUCACCGAGGACGAGAUUGCGCGACUUCACGCCCUGCUGAUUGCCUCCGACUCUCUAUUGACGGGUGCGUCUACAUCGACACCUUCAGUUGCGCUCCUGACUGAGUGGGAGAUUGGGAGAUUUCGCUGCCUGAUAGCUGCAUCUUCGACAUGGUCUGUUGGUUCUACUACGGACUCUUCUGGAAUUGUGAGACCACCUUCUACACAAGCAGGUGUUGGCUCGACGAUUGGCGCCGGCAUCUAUGUCCUGGUAGGAACGGUGGCCCAUGACCAUGCAGGACCAGCCUUGACACUUUCCUUUCUAAUUGCUGGCAUUGCUGCUGCUCUUUCUGCCUUGUGUUAUGCCGAGCUUUCUUGCCGCUUCCCUUCAGCAGGGAGUGCUUAUCACUAUUCCUACAUUUGCAUUGGCGAGAGUGUCGCUUGGCUGAUCGGUUGGGCUUUGAUUCUCGAGUACACAAUCGGUGGAUCAUCAGUGGCACGUGGCAUCUCACCAAACUUGAUACCAUUUUAUGUUUCUCAGGCUCUGUUUUUUGGUGGCCAAGACAAGUUGCCCUUCUUCUUAGCACAAGUACAUGUUAAAUGGCUUGACACCCCAGUUGAUCCUUGUGCUGCCAUUCUUGUCCUCAUAGUGACCGCAUUACUCUGUCUGGGAAUAAAGGAGAGCUCACUUGUGGAAGGCGUCAUCACCAUUGCAAAUGUCGCAAUUAUGCUGUUUGUCAUCUGUGCCGGUGGAUGGUUAGGAUUCCAGAAUGGCUGGCCUGGUUAUGAUGUUCCGAAAGGUUACUUUCCGAAUGGUGCAGGUGGAGUUUUUUCUGGAUCAGCAACCCUCUUCUUUGCUUACAUUGGCUUUGAUGCAGUUGCCAGUACAGCUGAAGAGGUGAAGAAUCCUCAACGUGAUCUUCCAUGGGGAAUGGGUUUGACUUUGUCAAUGUGCUGCUUCCUCUACAUGAUGGUUUCUGCUGUUAUUGUCGGACUGGUGCCAUAUUAUGCAAUGGAUCCUGACACCCCUAUUUCAUCUGCAUUUGAUCAAUACGGAAUGCAAUGGGCAGCGUAUGUCAUUUCCAGUGGGGCUGUUCUUGCUCUCAUAGCAUCACUGAUUGGCGCUAUUCUCCCUCAGCCAAGAAUUGUCAUGGCUAUGUCAAGAGAUGGACUGCUUCCCCCAAUAUUCUCAGCUGUUAGUCAACGGACUCAAGUCCCAACAUUGAGCACAAUUCUGACUGGGAUAUGUGCUGCUACCCUUGCUUUUUUCAUGGAUGUGUCACAAUUGGCAGGGAUGGUAAGCGUGGGCACACUAUUGGCAUUUACAAUGGUUGCGAUUUCUCUUUUAAUAGUAAGAUAUUCUCCUCCGAAUGAUAUGCCAAUGGUAGGUGCUGAUCCACCCUCACUUGAAUCACUAGCUUUACACACUGGGCAUUCAGAGGCAGAUGAGGGAGUUUUGGAAGGUCCUUUUGGCAAUGUUGAUGAAGCACUUACUGCUAGCGAGGUCACCAACAUGGUAAGGGGACAAAAAGCUAAAAGAUGCAUAUUGAUGGUUUGCUUUGGGGUCAUCAUCUUUGUACCAGCGGUUUCUUUCUCCUCCUUGCCAUUUUACAUACGAUGCACAACAUGUGCCUUAGGUGGCUUGCUCUUGCUCGGUGCUACCGUUGUACUUUCAUGCAUCGGACAAGACGUGCGGUCUUCACGACAAACUGAAGGUUUCAUGUGCCCGCUUGUACCUGUACUUCCAAUAUGCUGCAUCCUCAUCAACAUGUACCUUCUUAUGAACCUCGGGAGUCACACGUGGAUCCGCGUUUCUGUAUGGCUUGCGGCUGGUGCACUAAUAUAUCUCUUCUACGGCCGAAAUCACAGUUCCCUGACAGGAACGGCCUACGAGCGCGUAUCACCUGCAUGAGACAGCAUGGGGGUAUUUUUCUAAUUUUUCAUCUUCAUAUAUGUUGAUGAACUCGUGAAGGCGGAGACCUUGGUGAAUUUCCUUCACACUGACAAGGUUAGCACUUCCAUGGUCUAUCUGUCAACGGGUGAAGCCAUCACACAUGGUUGGGGGGUUCCUGACCAGUUUUGGACAAGAAACUGAAGAACCCCGAGUUUUGAAUUCUUCAGAGGUUUUAAAGCCGAAAGCAGAAACAUGUAUACCCAUAGUAGCACUGCAUGGGAUCAUUUCUUUUUUUGGCAAUUUCACCAACCCCCAGGAGGCUCUUUUGGAACAAGUGUUCUUUUAGAAAAUAUUAGCAAAAAUGCCCGUGCGUUGCAACGGAAAAAAUAAA